AUGGGCGGCCGCAAGCACCUGUCCGGCACCUUGACAGAGAAACGAGCCCAGUUCAACAGCCUUUGCGAUGCGAUGCAGGCGGCAUGGCCGCAGCCUCUCGUAGACGGCGAGGGCAGAGUUGUCGAUGUGGAGGUCGAGGAUCUCACCAUCCCCGCCCCGCCGUCACAGCACUCGGCCGCCAACAACACCACCAUACCCCUCCGCAUCUACAAGCCCCGCAACCGGCCGUUAUACUCGAAAGAACCAACAACGGCGCCCCUCCCGACCAUCGUGUGGUACCACGGCGGCGGCUGGAUGGCUGGCACGCUCGACACGGAGCACGCGCAGUGCCAACUCGUCGCCGCGCUCGUCCCGGCCGUCGUCGUCGGCGUCGGCUACGGCCGGCUGCCCGAGCGCAGCACGGGCGGCAUGCUGGAUGACUGCGUCGCCGGGUUCCGGUGGGCGUGGGAGAACGUUGCUGCGGAGGAAAAGGGAGGGAAGCGGGGCAAGGACGUCGUCGUGAUGGGCGGGUCGGCGGGCGGCGCGUUGGCGUUUGGCGUGGUGAGGCGGCUGGCGUUGGCGGGGGAGGAGGCGCGGUGCGCGGGCGCGGUGGGGGUGUUUCCGGUGACGGUGCAUGGGGAGGCGCCGCCGGAGAGGUGGAGGACGUUGCAUGGGAGUUAUCGGGAGUUGUGGGAUGAGGCGCCGGUUGUGAGGGGGGCGGAUCAGAAGGAGGUGUUGGAUAUUGCGGCCGAACGCAGCCCAGAGGACCCGCUGCUGGCUGUCAAGUUUACGUACGAGGAGGAGACGCUCAAGAAGUUCCCUCGCACCUACAUUGCGACGGCUGGGAAGGACCUCAUGCGGGAUGACGGAGUGGUGUUGGAGGCGGCGCUGAAGGAAGCGGGCGUACCGGUGAAGAGGAGAAAUUACGAGGGGUUGCCGCAUUACUUUUGGUUCUUCCCACAGUUAGGGGAGAAGACGAUGCGGUUUAUAGAGGAGCUAGCGGAGGGCGUGAGGUGGGUGCUUGCAGAGGGCGACGAUUGA